AGAGUUCGCCUUUGGUUGGUUAGUUUGCCUGGUGACCUUUCCCCUCUGCGACAGUUUUCCGAGGUGCCUACCGCCUGAGCGGCACAGAGGAGCGCUCGAACGAAGGCAAGAUGGCAGAUGUGUUGGAUCUUCACGAGGCUGGGGGCGAGGAUUUCGCCAUGGAUGAGGAUGGGGACGAGAGCAUUCACAAGUUGAAAGAAAAAGCGAAAAAACGGAAGGGCCGCGGCUUUGGCUCCGAAGAGGGGUCCCGAGCGAGGAUGCGUGAGGAUUAUGACAGCGUGGAGCAGGAUGGCGAUGAACCCGGACCACAACGCUCUGUUGAAGGCUGGAUUCUCUUUGUCACUGGAGUCCAUGAGGAAGCCACUGAAGAAGACAUCCACGACAAAUUCGCAGAAUAUGGGGAAAUAAAAAACAUCCAUCUCAAUCUGGAUAGGCGAACGGGAUAUCUGAAGGGGUAUACUCUAGUUGAAUAUGAAACAUACAAGGAGGCCCAGGCUGCUAUGGAGGGACUCAAUGGCCAGGAUUUGAUGGGACAGCCAAUCAGUGUUGACUGGUGUUUUGUUCGGGGUCCACCUAAGGGCAAGAGGAGAGGUGGCCGGAGACGCAGCAGGAGUCCAGACAGGAGACGUCGCUGACAGGUCCUCUUGUCCAGGUGUUCUCUCCAAGAUUCCAUUUGACCAUGCAACCUUGGAGAAAUAAGGCUGGGAUGGAACUUGUUGUGUUUAUAUUUAAUCUCUUACCCUACCUGCUUAGAGGUUUUUUUUUUUUUGAGUUAUGAAUAAAUGUUCCAUUUUUGUUUUCUACA